AUGGCUCUUCGUUUUUAUAAAGCAUACACGCCCGGAACUCGAAACCGUUCGGUUGCGGACUGUACCGAAUUAACUAAGACGCGCCCAGAAAAGUCACUUACGCGCUCAUUACACCGUCCAAAAGGUCGUAAUAACCGUGGAGUGAUCACGUGUCGUCACCGUGGUGGUGGACAUAAGCGUUUAUACCGUCAGAUUGAUUUCCGUCGUAAUAAAUAUGAUAUGUCAGCUUCGGUAAAAACCAUUGAAUAUGAUCCAAACCGUAAUGCUCGUAUUGCUCUUGUAGAAUAUGAGGAUGGUGAAAAACGUUAUAUUCUUCACCCAACAGGAUUACAAAUUGGUGAUUCUAUUGUUGCAAGUGAAACGGCAACAAACUCAAUUGGAAAUUCUUUACCACUUCUGGCAAUGCCAUUAGGAGUACAAGUACAUAACAUUGAAAUGCAUCCGAAAAAAGGUGGACAACUUGUUCGUUCUGCAGGUGCAUCUGCUCAAUUAGUUGCUAAAGAAGGUGAUUUUGUAACGCUUCGUCUUCCUUCUGGGGAAGUACGUUUAGUGUCGAACAAGUGCUGGGCAACAAUUGGCCAAGUAGGAAAUGCUGAUGCAAUUAAUAUUUCUCUUGGAAAAGCUGGUCGUUCACGUUGGCUUGGUCGCCGUCCAACGGUUCGUGGUAGUGUAAUGAACGCUGCUGAUCACCCGCAUGGAGGUGGUGAAGGUCGAACGUCAAUUGGUCACGCACAUCCAAUGACACCGUGGGGUAAACCUGCUCUUGGUGUUAAAACACGCGCACGUAAAAAAUAUAGCAACAGCCUUAUUCUUCGUCGACGCAAAGUUUCAUAA